CUACGCAUGAGUUUAGCUAGCCAAGGUCGCCAUGAAAUCGUCAAAUGUGAUCAGGAAUUUUUAUUUGAGAAUCCGUUUUUGCCCACUUUACUAGCUUCCUAUCUUGGUACUGCUCGUAAAGCGGGCAUGUGCAUUUAUUCUUCCAGCCCUACAGGUGGCAAUGUGCGAUGGAGGUCUACAAUCUCAGCUAUGUAAUGAAAUCCGGCUUCGCAUUUUCCAGGUUUCCACUGAAGGGAAUUCUUUAUUGAAGUGAACACAUAGGCAAUUGAUAAAUUGUGAAGGCACCGGGAAAGGAAACAGCCAUCCCGAAAGAAAUUAGCUUUUACAUUAAGGAUUUACUCAGUUAAUUUGCGUAAACGCUUCAUUGUAGCUAAAGUGGUUGAGUUGUUCGGCGUGUUCGCAACGCCAGGUGUUAGACCAGAAUAAGUGUUGGUGGUUGGAAAAUGCCAUCUUUUUUAUGGAGGCUUUGGCCUGGCCUGGUGCUGAUCCUCCUCCCGUCUACACUGGCGGCUGACAAAGAGUCUUCGUUACUACAGGACUGGCACGACGUGUGGUUGUUCCGCUUCUUCCUCAAUGUGCUGGGCUACGCCACCAUCAUCAUACCUGGCUACUUUCUCAUCGGCUACUUCAAGAGGAUCAACUACCUCGAAACAGGUCGUGGCAUUUGCUAUCCUGUCAUAAAGGCCUGUGUGUUUGGUAGUGAAUCGAAGACUGGUCUCCUGGACGACGUGUCCAUAGCCCCGAGAAAUGACGCUGACUCGGGCUCGUCGGCCAGACAAGCCUUCAAGUUAGUCUUCUGCGCUGCGGGACUUCAGACAUCCUACCUGACAUGGGGUGUCCUACAGGAGAGGGUGAUGACACGCUCGUACGGGGCCUCCACCCCUGAGGAGGAGGGUGAGCGCUUCAAGGACUCCCAGUUCCUGGUGUUCAUGAACCGCAUCCUGGCGCUGACUGUGUCUGGCCUGUGGUGUCUCCUAUUCAAGCAGCCUCGCCACGGUGCGCCCAUGUAUAAAUACUCGUUCGCCUCACUCUCCAACGUCCUCAGCAGCUGGUGCCAGUACGAGGCCCUCAAGUACAUCAGCUUCCCCACCCAGGUGCUGGCUAAGGCCUCUAAAGUGAUCCCAGUCAUGCUAAUGGGUAAGAUUGUGUCGCACAAGAGCUACGAGUACUGGGAGUACCUGACGGCGGCUCUGAUCUCUCUGGGCGUCAGCAUGUUCUUGUUGACGAGCACGACCAGUAAGCACCCGUCUACGGUAACUACGUUCAGCGGCGUGGUCAUCUUGGUCGGCUACAUAGUCUUCGACAGCUUCACAUCCAACUGGCAGGACAACCUGUUCAAGUGCAAGAUGUCGUCGGUACAGAUGAUGUUCGGCGUCAACCUCUUCUCCUGCCUCUUCACCGUGGGCUCUCUGCUGGAGCAGGGCGCCUUUUUCGACUCGCUGGCCUUCAUGACGCGACAUUCUGAGUUUGCAUUCCAUGCCGUGCUGUUGUCGGUGUGCUCAGCAUGCGGCCAGCUCUUCAUCUUCUACACCAUCGCACAGUUUGGCGCCGCCAUCUUCACCAUCAUCAUGACCCUUCGGCAGGCCAUCGCCAUCCUGCUCUCCUGUUUCCUGUAUGGCCACGCCGUCACAAUGGUGGGGGGCUUCGGCAUGGCCGUGGUCUUCCUCGCCCUCUUCCUGCGCGUCUACGCCCGCAUCCGCAUGAAGGCAGGACGCAGGGCGCCGCAGCCACAGGUGCAGAAGGUCUAGGAGGAGGAGUCUGAGGAGGGAACUGGAAAAACAAAAACUAAAGCCACGUUUUUGUUGGGUUUGUUUUCUGUCUCUGUGUGUCCCUUUUGACUUUUUGUGUUCAUUUAAUGGGUUUCUACUUUGCAUAGGAAAGGUACAGAAAGGGAUUCUAAUGCCUUUUUAAAGGUGUUUGACUUGACACGCACUGAGCUGUCGUCACACAGGUCAAUUAGUCUCAAAAACCCAACCAUAGGCAACACAGUGACUAGGGUCUGAUUUCAAUGAUGGACUUGUCAUAGAGGAACUAUGUCACUGCCUAAGUCACUACUUUAUCUGCUUGAAUAAAAUGCUAAAUGAUCACAGAGGUUAUUUUUAAUGAGUGAAUUAUGCAAGUGGAUAGUUUGCAUCAACUACCUUAACUAAAACCACUGCAAAGUUAUUGCCUGCAAAAUCACAACGUUCUGUCAUAUCUGCCUCUUGAUUUGUUGGGAGAGUCCCCAGAAUGUAUAUUUUACCCUUAUCGACGUAGGCAGUGACGUAGUUUCUCUAUGCCAAAAGAGUCGGUCAUUAAAUUCAGACCUUAGUCACUGUGUUGCCUAGGGUCAGGUUUCAAGGGUACAGGUCAAUGGGAGUGAUUUGGCUGGAACAGUCAGCAGUCAUGCCCAUUUAAGUGUCUAUGACCCCAAAAUUACACAGCAAUCAUCGCUUGUACGUUUUGUCUGUCAAACCCAGUUCAAACGCAUGCAACAUUGGCAUGUCAAAUGUAAACAACUAAUAAAAUGGCUAUUGAUUUCAGCCUUUGCGAUAUGCUUCUGGAGCUGCAGUCAAAGAACAAAAAUCUGAUGUUUGUAGUUUUGGGGUAAUCACUAGUACAUGAGCUGUAUACUGCAAUAUUGUGAAUGGCACUAUAUUAAGCUUAUAAGGCCUCUAUGAAAAGAGGACAUGAGAUACUAUGGUGAGCAGGCCCCAAGUAAGGUCCCGUUUUGAAUCAUCUCUGUGUAGAUACUGCAUCAAUUUAGUUUAAAGCUAAUAAUUGCAUUGUUGUACAUUUUGGACAUGGCAUGAGAGAAAUGUUUGUAAUCAUUACCAGUUCAUGAUCAGGUAAUGCUGCUUGAGAAUAUUUUAUUUGUUUCAUAUAAAGAAGCAGGUAUGGUAGAGGUCUCACUUUUGGCAUUAUUCUGACUUGAGAUCUAUGUGCUUAACUAAAGAAGUCUACCAUUGAGAUCAAGGAAGGAUUUACACGAACGUCCAGGUUGUGUCAGACGGAUCUCAAGUCAAAUUACCGCCCUUUCAGAUCAUAAGAAUAGCGUAUUUCAUACAUCUUUAGUUGACUGAUGUGUUGUUCCUCAUGGCUUACCAUAGUGUAUGAUGAGGAAAGUUACUGAGUGACCCCACAGAAAAUGUUUUACUAUGUUCCUAACAUCACAAGAAUAAAUGCACAGCUUACCAGCAGACCAUCAAAAAGAACUUUGCAGAGUUACUAUGUUCUAUUUUAUAUGGAGUGAGAGGGGAAAGAGAGAUUUCAAGCAGCAUUCAAGAUGCCCAUCUUAUUUUUGAAUAGGUCAGGUAAAAGGUCAGGUACUUACGUUAGGUCAGGUAAAAGACAAUUAACUGUCAAAUGCCAGCAAGAGUUGCAACCAGGCGGAAUGACUCGAACUUCAGCUCUUGGAACAAACAGCCUGCACAAUUAUUUGUUCUCUUGUUUUGUUGGUGUAGGAUUCAACUAGGCAAACCAUAUUAUUGAAGUAUUUGAUUUGGAUAAAUGCCAUACAUUUUCACACCGAAUGUAAGUUUAAGUAUGAUAGCAUUCAUUUAGUGGCCUGGCUGACCCAGACAAAGUGGAGGAUUUCCAAUUGCCAGGCAAUUCAUUUAGCCCUACGUGUACAGCUUUACAAUCAAACCAAAUACUUGAAUUAUUUGUUACACUAUCUUACACUAACAAUCAUUAAUGGGUAGACUACAAAUCAUUUGGAACAGGACAUACAGUACCAGUCAAAAGUUUGGACACACCUACUCAUUUCAGGGUUUUUCUACAUUGUAGAAUAAUAGUGAAGACAUCAAAACUAUGAAAUAACAUAUUGAAUCAUGUAGUAAC